UUCUCCACACACACUCACCUCUCCUUUGACCACAACCGGACUCAGUUCGCCAGUCCCUCACUCAAACUCCACCCUCCACCAUUCUUCCCUUCUAGAUCUCACCCUUCAUGGCCAUCAACCUUCACAUUUCCCGUUUUCCACUUCUUUAAUCUAUAAAAAAAAAGUCACACAAUCUUCCAAACUCUCAAACAUGUCCGACACAACAGAACCAACAAAGGCAAUGCCGGCACAGGCAGAGAAGAAGAAAGAACAAAGUCUGCCGUUUUAUCAACUGUUCUCGUUCGCAGAUAAGCUCGAUUACGUUCUCAUGAUUCUCGGUAGCAUCGGUGCCGUUGUUCACGGAUCUUCCAUGCCGUUUUUCUUUUUAUUGUUCGGUCAAAUGGUUAAUGGCUUCGGUAAAAACCAAACUGAUUUAAAUACCAUGACUCAUGAAGUCUCUAAGUAUGCUUUGUAUUUCGUUUAUCUUGGAUUGGUGGUGUGCGUUUCGUCUUACGCAGAGAUCGGAUGCUGGAUGUAUACCGGAGAACGACAAGUGAGCGCGUUGAGGAAGAGGUACCUUGAAGCAGUGUUGAAACAGGACGUAGGGUUUUACGAUACCGAUGCGAGAACAGGUGAUAUCGUGUUUAGUGUCUCUACGGACACACUUCUCGUUCAAGACGCCAUUAGCGAGAAGGUGGGAAACUUUAUACAUUAUCUGUCAACGUUUUUGGCGGGAUUGGUGGUCGGUUUUGUGUCCGCAUGGAAGCUAGCUCUUCUUAGUGUUGCAGUGAUUCCAGGCAUUGCGUUUGCGGGUGGUUUAUAUGCGUAUACGCUUACGGGUCUAACGUCUAAGAGCCGUGAAUCAUAUGCUAAUGCUGGCAUCAUUGCUGAACAGGCUAUUGCACAAGUAAGAACGGUUUACUCGUAUGUGGGCGAGACAAAGGCCUUGGACUCGUAUUCGGAUGCAAUACAGCACACCCUUAAGCUCGGGUAUAAAGCCGGAAUGGCAAAGGGGUUGGGACUAGGAUGUACAUAUGGAAUCGCUUGCAUGUCAUGGGCACUUGUGUUUUGGUAUGCUGGCGUGUUUAUUCGCAACGGGCAAACAGAUGGUGGGAAAGCAUUCACUGCUAUUUUCUCUGCCAUUGUUGGUGGCAUGAGUUUGGGUCAGUCUUUUUCAAAUCUUGGAGCAUUCAGCAAAGGUAAAACUGCUGGAUAUAAGUUGUUCGAAAUCAUUAAGCAAAACCCGACUAUUGUUCAAGACUCUAAAGACGGGAUGCGUUUAGCGGAGGUUAAUGGCAAUAUUGAGUUCAAGGAUAUAUCUUUCAGUUACCCUUCAAGGCCAGACGUCUUUAUCUUCCGAAACUUCUCUAUUUUCUUCCCUGCGGGUAAAACAGUCGCUGUUGUCGGUGGUAGCGGGUCUGGUAAAAGUACGGUUAUUUCGUUGAUAGAAAGGUUUUACGACCCCAAUCAAGGACAAAUAUUGCUAGACAAUGUGGAUAUUAAGACGCUGCAACUGCGAUGGUUGCGCGAUCAAAUUGGUCUGGUGAACCAAGAACCCGCACUCUUUGCGACCACGAUCCUUGAAAACAUACUUUACGGAAAACCUGACGCAACUACAGCUGAGGUGGAAGCAGCAGCCUCUGCAACCAAUGCUCAUAGCUUCAUUACCUCGCUUCCAAACGGGUACAACACCCAAGUAGGCGAGCGCGGGGUCCAGCUAUCUGGCGGUCAAAAACAAAGAAUCGCAAUCGCUAGAGCAAUGUUAAAGAACCCAAAAAUACUCCUCCUUGAUGAAGCAACCAGUGCUCUUGAUUCAGGUUCCGAGAGUAUCGUUCAGGAAGCUCUUGAUCGUUUAAUGGUUGGAAGAACAACCGUCGUGGUUGCACAUCGGUUAUCCACCAUAAGAAACGUUAACUCAAUAGCAGUUAUUCAACAAGGACAAAUCGUGGAAACCGGAACACACGAAGAACUAAUCUCCAAAUCCGGCGCUUACGCCUCGUUAAUCCGAUUCCAAGAAAUGGCGGGAACCCGAGACUUUUCGAACCCCUCAACUCGCCGCACGCGUUCAACGCGUUUAAGCCAUUCACUGUCGACAAAAUCGCUUAGCCUCAGGUCUGGAAGCCUGAGAAACUUAAGCUACUCGUACAGUACUGGUGCCGAUGAGGUUUUAAAUCAUUGCAAGGAUGUUAAAGCUAGAGGCUUUAAAUCUCUCCAUAUGAGGUGGCGUCUACGUGGUGCUGAUGUGGCGUGA